AUGCCAUGGUCCCUCACUUCCCUGCAGCGUGCGGGCGCCGUGUGCGUCCGGCACGGCUGGCGACGGUGCCUGCUGCUGUACAGCGACCGGUCGCCAGCGCUGGAGUUGGUGCAACGCUCCUUGCAGGACGCCGGCGUGUCCACGGAGUCCCACCUGGCAUCUCCCUCGUUCGCCGCGACGCCGGAGCUGGUGGACGCCGUGGCGGCGGGAGCAGAGGCGGAGCUGGUGCUGGGCGUCGGCAACGGCGCCCUGUUGGACUUGGCCAAGGCCGUCGCCGCCAUGACCCCCUUGGUGAAAGAAAGUCGACAUGGCAGCACUGCACCUGGCUUCUCAGCCUUGACUGCGCGAUUUCUGCUGGGUGAAGAGGGAGGGCAUAGUUUACUCCCAGGUGCAUCUUUGCCGUUGUUGUUGGUGCCCAGCCACGCCACCGUGGCCACCAGCAGUGGUCGAUGUUUGCUGCGACGCAAUGAUGCGGUGGCCUCGUUGGUGCCGAUGGCCGUGGCAGGGCCAGGACCUUUUGGUGUUGGGGUCGGUCUUCAGGCCACAGAAAUCUUGGCCGACGUCUCAGUCACCUCCCAGCAGUCCGUGCGCGGCCGCGCGGCGGCCGUAGCGCAUGCCAUGAGCGUCUUCGUGGAUGCGGCCGCGGCGGCCGCGGGGACCAUCAAACAGAAGCAGUUGAUGGAUGACAUGAUGGUAGGAGUUGGCUCCAGCUUCAGCGCCCUGCGUCACCCCGACGCAUCCGCCUACGACGCCCUGGACGCCACGUUGGCCGCGGGGGUUUGCGCCUCCGACGCCGACGCCAACGCGCGCGGGGAGCUGUGCGCCAUCCAUGCGCUGGCGGCCACCAUGGUGGGCUGCCGGGACGUGAGUUUUCCAAUGGCCUGCCGGGUCCUACUGCCUCCGGUGCUGCGGGUUUGGGCGGAGGAGGAGGACUCGGAAGCACAAAAGUGCAUAGCUGGCCUGUCGGAAGCCAUGCUGGGACCUGCCAAAUCUCCACACCAUGCACUGCUGGCUUUGGCUGAUUGGUUGGAUGGCGCCCUAAGCGCCGCGUCGCUGCCGUCGCAGCUGCCGCUGGCGCCCUUGGAAUGUCCCGACAGUGCUGCUGCACUGCUGGCACUGGAGACUUUGACGUCGCCCGUGGCGCAGCAACGGCCGCAGCCCGGCUGGUUUGAGCCAAAGUGCUUGAGGACCAUCUUUCGGAGCAGCUUGGACGAUGGCCGCGGAAAGAAAAGUGAUGCCGUCCAUGCGGAUCCGCGACCGCCAUGCGGAAAUAUUCGGAAAGAAUUGGCUCAGCAAAAAUCAGGGACACCGGUGACACCGUCGUAA